AUAAUCCCGCGAUUGUUUGCGGGAGCUUAAGAUAGCUAAUAUUUGGAACAAGUAAAACUUUUACCGAGCAAAAUACGGCCAGUAUUUGAUGAUGUUAGUAAUCAAUUAGCAGACUUUUUUCGAAAACAACGACGUGGCUAGUCCUCGUGUCAAUCAAUUGGGAAUUUGUGCAUUUAAAUAGUCACAUAAGUGAGUAGAGCCAUAUUAUUUCGUCUAGAAUGGGGACAAUAACUAUGGAAGGAGACCCGUAUUACAGGUACAGCUGUUUGAGCGCGAUGUCCCGCACACCGCGUUUCUUCAAAUUUGCUCUGAUCGCCUUUCUGGCAGUCAUCUGCCUGCUGUUGGUCACAAGGAACCGCAUUUACGAAACGUCCCAACUGAUCAACUUUAAAAGCGAGACCUCAUUUGACGACAACAUUCAGGCAAUAGUGGACAGUGGAACGGCGGAAUCCGAAGCGAAGGAACUUCAAGGCAACGAAGAGCUGCGACAGGAGGAAGAAAUUGAAGAUGAACAAGCAGAGGAUAUUGCAGAAGUGCAAGCCGAAGACGGUGGAGAAGAACAGGCGAACGAGGUGGAGCAAAAGGAGGACCCUGACGAGCCUCCAGACGACAGCCUACCUGGAGCCUACUUGAAAUACUAUCAACCAGCCCCUACCAAUCAGUCGCACUGCAAAUACAACUACGAUCUCCCGUAUGACCUGGUUUAUACCAGCAAGAACUACCUGUUUCCGCCGGAACAGGGCAACAGCUCACCCUACCGAAUAAUUUACAACGUUACUGAGGCCUACAAUCUGAUGGAUGUACCUCCAAUCACCUACGCCACACACAUGACUGCCAAUUUUGCACAUUUCAUUCCGGAAUUGCUAAAACAUUGGGACGGUUUGGUAACGGUUGCGGCCUUUGUCCCGGACCUGGAUGUGGCCUUUUUUAUCGAGCAAAUCAACCAAUUUUGCUAUUGUGAGCCGGAAAUGCAUCGCGUUUCCAUUCAUAUCGUUACUCACAAGAUGCUACCCUUCUCUAAGAAGGACAUCUACUUUGAUAGGCCGCAAGAUUGUGUGCCUGAGGACUCUUCGGCUGUUCCCAUUUUCAGCGACUACGACGAAACAAUAUUCUAUCCAAUCAACGUGGUCAGAAACGCAGCCCGAACAUCAGCUCUGACCAAGUACAUUCUUCUAUCCGACAGUGAACUAAUCCCCAGCAAAGGUCUGGCCAGCGGUUUUCUCCAGAUGGUGCACCGCGUGAACAGAACCAUCACCAAAGAAGUGUUCCACGUUCCAAUCUUUGAGGUGGCGGAAGGCACUGUUGUGCCUGAAGAUAAGUCAUCUUUGGUUCAGUUGAUCCAGACCAAACAGGCGGUGUAUUUCCAUCAAACCACUUGCGAGCAUUGCCAGAAGUUUCCAAACAUUGACCAGUGGAUCAGCAGCGCAAGCUUCAAUGAAGUCAAGCCGUUUCAGACAGUCAAGCGGCAUGAUCCCUUCCAUAGAUGGGAGCCGAUUUUCAUCGGCACUAAUCUGGAGCCCCUAUACAGUGAGCAAUUGUCGUGGGAGGGGCUUCAGGACAAAAUGGCGCAGUCAUUGGAAAUGUGUCUGGAAGACUACAGUUACACGACCCUGGACAACGCGUUUCUUUGCCACUGGCCGGGGAUCAAAACAGCGCAGAAUGAGGGAUGGCGUGAGAGUUUCAUUGAAGAAAAUGAAAAAAAUUAUGCAAAUAUCGUUAAAGGGUUGCUGGAGCGAUAUCGAGACAUUCCCGCAUGCAAAGCCCGCUUUGCCGUCACCGCAGGAGUUGAACUUCAACCAAACGCCGCCAUCUAAUGCCUGAGAAAAUUUCGAAUUAUUGUGAUAUUAGUGACUGAAUUGAAAGUCAAGUAAAUUUUAAGACUCGUGAUUAAACAAUAAAUGACCUAAUACUGCA